AUGCCGGUAGUUUCUGAUGUAGACAGGAGAGUGGCUGCUUCAUUGCGGCGGACCGGCCUGGCUCACAACAAUUCUACUCUGGUAGUUGGCGUGUCGGGCGGGGCCGAUUCCUCAGCCCUGCUUUACAGCCUCAAUCACAUCAGGCAAUCCUGCGGAAUUAUCCUGCACGUAGCCCACCUGAACCAUGACUUCCGCGGUGAAGAGGCCGACGAAGACGCCAGGUUCGUUGAAGCUAUGGCGCAGACUCUCGGGCUCCCGGUUACAGUUGAGAAACGUGACCCAAUUGCCUACCAGAAGGAACAAGGCAUCUCCUCCUUUGAGCAGGGCGCCAGGGAGAUGCGGUACGAAUUCAUGGCGACAGUGGCCCAGAGAAUAGGGGCUACAGCAGUGGCUGUGGGCCACACCUCCGACGAUCUGGCAGAGACGGUACUGCUGCACAUUCUCCGGGGCGCUGCCCUGCCGGGUAUGAGAGGCAUGACCGAAAUUGCCCCAUGGCCCUGGCCCACCGGGCUUGCCAGCCCGCUGCUCUUCCGACCAUUGCUUGAGGUAACCAAGGCUGAAACAGUCGAAUACUGCCGGGAACUGGACCGGGAAUAUCGGCAAGACAGCGGGAACUAUUUGUUCCGAUUCACCCGCAAUCGGGUCCGCCGGGAACUGAUGCCCCUUUUGGCUGCUGAGUAUAAUCCCCGGGUUCAGGAUGCGCUGGUCAGGCUGGCCCAAACAUCUUCCCUUGAGUUGGACUAUCUGGAGAAGGAACUGGAACGCCUAUGGCCGGCAAUCCAUGUUUCCCCACCUCAAGAUAACGGCAAGGGAGUACAGGGAGCACGCGUCACACUGAGCCGUGAAGCCCUGCGGGACUUGCAUCCGGCAUUGCGGCCAAUGGCCCUGCGGCGGGCGUACAUCGCCGUCAAUGGAGAUCCCCGGCGCUUGAGGGAAAGCCAUUUGAGGGCUAUGUCCGACCUCGUUUCAGGCCAGAAGCCAAGAGCCAGCCUGGAUUUGCCUCGUAAUACCAUCUUUCAGAUGACUCCGACUGAGACAAGCCUUGGCCCCGAUGCAAUCCAGGGCCAAACUCCUUUUCCCGACCUGAACUCUUUCCACGAGCUAACAACGUCGGAGGCACCGGGAUCUAGGCAGGUAUGUAACGCGGGGAAUUGGAACGUAACUCUGGAAGUAAUCCCAUCGGGCACACUGGCCAAUUUGGCGCCACCCGAUGCCUUCACUGCCUAUCUGGAACCUAAAGCCUUGGGCAGUUCUCUUGCGGUGCGGACGCGCCAUGAUGGCGACAGAUUUCAGCCUUUGGGCAUGGCAAGGGGAAAGAAGCUUAAGGAUUUCUUCAUAGACGCAAAGGUGCCCGUGCAGUGGCGGAACAAUAUUCCAUUGGUAGUGUCGGAAAGGGGAAUAGCGUGGGUGGUUGGCUACCGGAUCGCUGAAUGGGCCAAGGUGCCGGACGGUCUUGCGCCGGAAGGCAACAUUUUGAGAGUGUCUUUCGACCGGGCUGAUUGA